AUGACGACAUUUGAUACUGUUCCCUCGCCGCCAUCAACGCUGCGUCCAACACGCGCUUCGCGACCCACAACCCCCGACCGUGGUAUGCUCAUCACGCCAUCCCCCAAACGUCACAUGCAUCCCAAGCAGCAUCCGGAGGAGAUGACAUCAAAAUUAUCCCCCUCCAACGUAUCUUCUCAUUUCCGAGGGGUAUUGCAAGAAUCUGGACUUAUCAACCGGGAAAUUAAUUUCGCGCCCGCUCGCUCGCUCGCUUCGCCGCCGCCGCCGCCGAACAUGAGCGCGGGUGAGGCACUGGUUAACCAGCUGCUGCGGCAGCAGCAGCGGCAGCGUAAUCGGGGAACCUAUGAUCAAUUGCGAGCUCGUGCUGCUCAGCACCGGGACCGCGGUCAACACCUGCAACAGCGCGUGCGCUCUGUACAGCGCAACCAACAGGAACAGGACCGAGCCGUGCAACGCGAAGUUCAUCGUGAGGCAUGGCGCAUGGGCCACCGUAACCUACGCGCCGCCGCUCAACAACUUGAGGCCGAACUGCAGCCCAUUGCCCUCGCUCUCCUGGGUCCCGAUACCCACUACCGCCAGGCCAUCAACGAGCAAGCCGACCAACUCUUUCAUGCCCUUCAGACGGCCUAUCGCGACCUCCGCGCCGCCUGGCUCCGUCAACAACAGCAAGCCGAAAGCCUGCAGCAGGAUCAGACUGCCCCCGACACCCGUCUUCACCGUCUGCAAGCCAUGGUGGAUGACCAGUUCCUGGCCCUGCGACCCCAGGCCGAGGCCCUUCAAGCCGAACUCGCCCUCCUGGACCAGGUCGUCUCCACCCAUGCCCAACACGCAUCCCGCGCCGAUGCCCUGCAGCAAACCUGCCGCUCUCUCCUUGAACACUGUCCAGAUUCCGAUCUGUCCCAAGCACUCACCACUGAACUUGAUGAUUUGUUGCGAGAAGCACAGCAACGGCAAGCGGACUUGGACCAAGCUUAUCGCGUCAUUCUGGAGACUCCACACGGCGAUCUUGCUCCCGACCACUAUGCUACUCUGGAAUGGCUUCUCGAACUCUAUCGCUCCCUCACCCUCCCACCAGCCCUCAAAUCAAAGGGCGUCACGCGUCGCCUCCUGGCGGUGGAGCGAGCAGCCCAGGUUUUGGGCAUUGAUCGCAAUACCAUUUCCAACCACGAGAACCACAUUCUUGGCCGCACCUUCUACCGGCGCAAGCAAAAGUUCGUGAAUAUGCGCGGCUUCUCAUACGUGUUGAUUGCUAUGUUCGCCGAGGAUAGGGAGCACACACUCACCACGCUCCGCGAGCUGCAGGAAUAUCAUACUUACUUGCAGCAGGCAGUGACCGAUGCCAUCGCUGCCGCCUUUGCCGAUGAGCAGGCAACCAGCGAGCGAGAGCGCCAACAACAACGGCAGCUACGCCUCUACACCACGCUGCAGCAGCUUCGCGCCCAGCGCCAAGCUGCGCUCCAAGCCCGCCUACGCGAGGCGGAGGAGACAGAGCAGCGACAGCGUCGAGCGACCGCAGCCGAGGCUGAGCGGGAGCGCGCCGAGCGACAGCGCAUCAAGGAUCUCAUCCGCCAGCGACAAGAGCAACAGCGCCAGGCCGAGGAAGCAUUUCAACGCCAACGAGCCGCCGCUGCUGAAGAAGCGCGGGCUGAGCGCCAACGACAACAACGUCACAAUCAACGUCGAACGUCCUAUCGACGCCGUGAACUAGAGGACCGUGAAGCUGAGCGCCAACGACAAGCCGAAGCAGAGUUGCGACUUGUUGAAGAGCGCGAACGUCGCCUCGAAGCGCUGCGUGCCCAGGUACGACCAGAGGUGGAGGAUGACCCCACCCGAGUCUGGCAACCGACCAAGGCUCAGCUUCGUGCCGCCGAGGAUGCCCGCGAACAGCGACGCCUCCGCGAAGCCUUGCCCCGCUUGGGCGUUGAGGGAUAUAGCGAUACCACGGUCACGUCGGACCGUCGAUGGCGUCUCUUCCAGGCACUGCGUCACGCGGGACUGGACGGCACGGCCUACGGGCAAGCUGCCAUGGCUCAGGCAACCGCAACAGUGCCUCAAAGGCGAGACAUGAACGCAACGCUUUUUCAACCCAGUGGUGCCCUAUUGUAA